ACUCAGGUUCAUUCUGUCCCUUCCUCCACAGUUGGCGCUGACACCCCAACGGCCUGCUGCUUCUCCUACGCCGCCCGGCAGCUUCCUCGCAAAUUCGUAGCCGACUAUUACGAGACCAGCAGCCAGUGCUCCAAGCCUGGCGUCAUCUUCCAAACCAAAAGAGGCCGGGAGCUCUGUGCCGACCCCAACGAGGACUGGGUCCAGAAAUACAUCACCGACCUGGAGCUGAAUCUCUGAGUGGCCUGGAAGCUUUGAGGAACCCAGUGACCUCAGGGGCCCGACUGGGCAGCAGGGGUCUGAGCCUUGGGGGCACCCCUGCCGUCUCCGUAGCUACCUCUCCUGUGCGCUGGUUGUUGUCAAACAGCCACACUCUGGGACCCAUCCUUAACUGAAAUUGCAACUUAUUUAUAUGUACUAUUUAAUUUUGUAAUUUAAUUUCAAUGCCCCACUGGGGUCUGGGACUGUUUGCUCCCAGAGGUCCCGAGAUACCUUUUCGCCGGCCUUCCCCUCCCCCUCCCCUUGCACUUCGGGGACAGUGGAGGGAUGGUCGCCAGCUUGUUCCAGGCGGAGAUGAUGCCAAUGCCGCCAGACUGACUUGUGUGUACUUGAUGUUUCUCUUCAGUGUCGUGUUCAGCCCAGCAAAAUAAUAAAGAUGCUCUUUUGGAGAGUAAA